GUUUGCCACCGUCACAUGGAGAAGAAGAAGAAGGAGCACAAGUGGGCAGGGCUAGCAUAACUGUAGAAGAAGUUUCUGGUAACGUUGGGAAUCAACGCUCAUGUUUGCUGUCUAACUAUUUUCUGUGUGUAACUGAGUGGCUCAGUAACCCGGCUGUUAGACGGUGGGAGCUGGAGUACUGACUCUAACCUGGAGCAGGCUAAGCCGAAGCUACAGGCUGUUUACUCUGGGCUACGGCUACGGCUAGGACUAACUGUAAGCAGUGAUGUUCGGGUGUUUGGUCGCAGGGAGGUUGGUGCAGACAGACGCGGUGCAGCUUUCCCCGGACAAGUUCGUCUUUAACCUGUCGGACUACGAGAAUGUGAACCAUGUGGUGGUAUUCAUGCUAGGUACCGUGCCGUUCCCUGCCGGCAUGGGCGGUGCCGUAUACUUCUCUUUCCCUGAUCCGGCGAGUGGCGGUCCCGUGUGGCAGCUACUCGGCUUCAUCACCAACGACAAGCCCAGUGCCAUCUUCAAGAUCUCUGGGCUGAAGGCUGGAGAGGGCGGGGCGCACCCCUUCGGUAUUAUGACCUCUUCUGCGUCUCCCUCCGUUGCUCAGGUCGGCGUGUCAGUGGAGGCUCUGGAGCAGCUGGCUCAGCAGAUCCCGGUGUCCAGCGCCGCGGUGUCCACCGUAGACACCUUCCUGCAGUUCACCCAAAAGAUGUUGGACAGUCUGUACAACUUUGCCUCUUCCUUCGCUGUGUCUCAGGCCCAGAUGCUGCCGAACCCCACAGAGACUUUUAUUCCUUCCAGCUGCAUCCUCAAGUGGUAUGAAAACUUUCAGAGGAGGAUGGCGCAGAAUCCGAAUUUCUGGAAAAACUGAGAACAUUUAAGACCAAAGAGCAAACCUGCUGAGGACAAUUUCCAGGGUGCCUACAGGUCAACAAAAUCAGUGUCGACCUUCAUCUCUGUCACAAUGCCUCUUCAGCUACAGAAAAACUGCUGCUCACAAUGACUCCAUCCCAUCUUUUAUCGGUCUGAACAAUAAAGCACUUGAAUUUAAAAGGAAAAGAUGGGUUUUCAGCCACAUGUACUUCCUAGAUGACACCGUUAAAUUGAAUCCAUUCAGUUGGUUUUCAAUGUCUUAGUCUUGCUUAAUAGUUCCACCCCCCCAUGAGAGCAUUUAGUUGUUUCCUUAGGGCAUAGGGCAUUUCUUCAGUAUGGUCAAGAAGACCAUGUCUUGCAAAGACAUGGUCAGAAAAAGGAAAUAAGGAAACAUUUGGAUUUUUGUAAAGUGCUAAAUGAAGAGAGAGACAUAAAAAUCAGAGGGAAAAGCAAAACAAAAAAGUCAGUAUUUUCCAAAGAGAUACAUAAAUUCAACAACAAAACUAAUUAAUUAACAAACAUGCUGAUUUUUAAUUAUCAUAAACUGUAUAAAAACUAAAAUGGGGCAAGCUUAAGAAUAAUUCAACCACAAACAGACUCUGUGACUGUACUUGUGUUACAGGAUUGCAGUGCUGUGCUCUCAAAGCUUCAUUGAAGCUUCAGUUUUUAUUUGAAGUGAUGUUAAAACAGAGUGCAUUUUCUUCUAUUUUGCCAAACUUGUCAUUAUAGAUUUAAUUUAAAAAACAUUUCAGGGUAUUAUAUUUAUUUCUUCAAAAGAACUGUUUUUUUUUUUUUCAAUUAUAAAAAGAACCUUCUCAAAGAUGUUUUUUUUUUCCAUCUUUUGGAUGAAUGAAUUUUGAUAUUUUACAAGAAGAUAACUUUUCGAUUACUUUAUUUUACUUGGAAUAAAAUACUUUUUGCAAGUGCUGUGCAGUUUUGCAUCACUUUUUAUCAUGUGCCAAACCUGACAAGCCUUUGGAAAUGUAAAUAAACUAGAAAAUUAUUACAUUUA